GUGCUACCGGUACGCUUUUCUUCUAUCCAUCCGAUUAAAUUCCUGCUGCUUCUUUAGCAUUCAAUUACAAUUAGACUCCUGAAUUUCUGCUGGUCGAUUUUGUGAACUAGUUUGGGGCUGAUUUGAUUCUGAUUGGAAACGUAAUGUACGGAAUUAGGCAUCCAGUGGUAUGCAGAUGGAAGAGGAAUGAUCAAAUUUGUGUUUUUGGGAACAAAAGAGUGUCUCUGAGGAAGAAGGCAAGAAACACCACAUGCUGUUUAAAUGAUUUAGAAGAAAAUCAUCCUUGUUUGCCUUCGGAAAACGAAUUGCUCGGCAGCAAAGUCGUAUAUUCAAUUGCUCCAGCCAUGGGCCAUAACAAGGAGUCACACCCUGAGUGUAAUUCCAGAGUUCCUGCCAUUACGGACAUGCUUGCAAAGAUGGAGCUGACUUCAGAGUUCCGGGGACCCGACGUUAUUGAACUUAGCAAAUUCAGGCCUGCUGAAGUUGAUGACAUAGCUAGAGUUCAUGAAAGAGCUUAUGUUUCAAAUCUUGAGAAGGCAAUGGAUAAGGUGUCGGAACAAGGACUUAUAUUGAUCGAAGGAUCCGGGCCUACUUACGCUACAUCCACUACCUUCCAGGAGUCAUUACUCGCGGCUGGAGCGGGAAUUUCAUUGUUGGAUGCCGUGGUCGCAGCGUCGAAAAUCAGAGAAGAUCCUCCAGUCGGUUUUGCUUUGGUACGACCUCCCGGUCAUCACGCUGUUCCAGCCGGACCCAUGGGGUUUUGCGUGUUCGGAAAUGUAGCCAUUGCUGCUCGCUAUGCACAGCAUGCACACGGGCUCAAACGUGUGUUUAUAAUCGAUUUCGAUGUCCACCAUGGAAAUGGAACACACGAUGCCUUCUACAACGACCCCGAUAUAUUCUUUCUUUCUACUCACCAAGAUGGGAGCUAUCCCGGCACGGGGAAGAUACAUCAGAUUGGCAGCGGUGACGGCGAGGGAACCACGCUAAAUCUCCCUUUGCCUGGAGGAUCAGGCGAUAGAGCCAUGCGAGAUGUCUUUGAUGAAGUCAUUGUACCAUGUGCUCUUAGGUUCAAACCGGACAUCAUUCUUGUUUCGGCCGGAUACGACGCACACAUGCUGGACCCGCUGGCGAAUCUUCAGUUCACAACGGGAACAUAUUACAUGCUGGCAUCGAACAUUCGGCAGCUUGCAAGAGAUCUAUGCCGGGGUCGGUGUGUGUUUUUCUUGGAAGGUGGUUAUAACCUCAGUUCUCUUUCCCAUUCGGUUGCAGACUCGUUCAGGGCAUUCCUCGGGGAAUCUAGCCGGGCAUCGGAGUUUGAUAACCCGGCAUUCUUGUACGAGGAGCCGUCGAAGAGGGUGAAGGAUGCUAUACAAAAAGCUAAGCACAUACACUCUCUGUAAGAACGUCUAAAGCACUUGUGUUGAUAAUGUCCAAACAUUUUAUGUGGCUCCUAUACAUGUUUUGGUAAGACUUUUGUCGAUCCAUCGUUGGGUUCUUUGACUUAUAUUUUUAUCAGGAAUAUGGGAUUGAAUAGUAGAUUUUUGGGUUUGAAAUCAAAAUAAUAUUUUGCUA